GAAUCUGAAAAAGCAUGAAUUUUUGAUAUAGGAAAUAUCAGGAAGUUUGUAAAUUUAUACAUUUAAAUUCAAUGGCUUAAGCCACACAGUAAAUAAUAUGAAAGUUAUUUACUAGUUAAUCUUGCAAAGAAAUCUCAAGGUUGUGCAAUUAUUACUAACUAGAACUACUACAUAAUAUCUACGUACUUUAUUACGGUGUACUGUGAGUGUGAAAGUUCGAAUUGUUGUUUUGUACUUAGUGUACCCUUCAAAGAUGUGUCCUCUUUGGCCCCUGCACCUGAUAAUCUUGUACCUGUUAGCGCUGGGUCCGCUAUGGGUCGUCUGCCAAGCUAUACCCGAGAUGAUCGCCACCUUUAACCCAAAGCAGAUUGAGUUGCAUAUGGGGAACAGUACCUAUGUCACUGUUAAUGUUACAGGACUUCAAGCAAAUGAUGAGCUCAUAGCCCGGGUUGGGAAUGAGCAGAUAGCGCACGGAGAAUGGAAUUCAACCUACAAGCUUACAGAAGAUGACGCUAGUAAAGGCAGUUUUAUAUCCUUACUCAAAGUGGAUGGAAUUUUUCUUGGAAGGACGGAGGUUGUGAUAGAAGCUAAAAGGGGUUCUGAGAAGUAUGCUGCGAACGGUUCCAUGCCGGUGACUGUGACGAGACCAAUGAGGUUUAUAGACAGACUGUUCACAUCCAGUGUCAUAACUUUUGUGUCAUUGAUAUUCAUAAACUUCGGGUGUGCAAUGCACUGGCCCACUGUCAGGGAUGUGAUCAGAAAGCCGAUCGGUCCGAUUAUCGGGAUGUGUGGACAGUUCCUGUUUAUGCCUCUGAUAUCAUUCGGCCUUAGCUAUGUGAUAUUUCCGGACUCGGCUGCUAUGCGACUGGGGAUGUUCUGUGUCGGAGUCUCACCUGCUGGGGGAGCUUCGAAUAUAUGGACGUACAUUCUGGGCGGCAAUCUCAACCUGUCUCUAGCAAUGACUUCAAUAUGUACUAUUGCUGCUUUUGCCUUUAUGCCAGCUUGGCUUUUCUCACUGGGGCAAGUGGUAUUCAGGAACGCGAAAAUCGUCGUACCCUAUGCGAGGAUAGCCACCUUCGUGGUCGGUUUAAUAGUGCCUCUAGCCAUCGGCUUAGCUAUGCAGAGGUUUAUGCCGAAAGUCGCCGCGUUUAUGGUGCGGAUAUUAAAGGGGUUUUCCUCUACACUUCUCUUGUUCAUCAUAGUCUUCGCUAUCGUGACGAAUUUGUAUAUAUUCAAGCUGUUUACAUGGCAGAUUAUAGUAGCCGGUAUGGGCAUACCCUGGCUGGGAUACUUGUUGGGCUACAUAGCAGCGGUGUUGUGCAAGCAGUCUCACCCGGACGCGCUCGCCAUAUCGAUAGAGACGGGGAUACAAAAUACUGGGAUCGCUAUAUUCCUGCUGGGUUAUGCCUUGCCGCAGCCGGAAGCGGAUCUUACUACGGUCGUUCCAGUUUCAGUGGCUAUUAUGACACCAAUACCUAUGAUGGGCAUAUAUAUCUAUCAGAAGAUAAAAGAAUGCUUACGGAGAAGAAUCCAGCUCAAAAAAGUCCAUGUCGAAAUCCCGACCAUAUCAGAAGGAGCCAACACCUGCAUCAAUGGAGCCUCUGAUGGCACAAAAUAGACAGGUUUAGAUACGCAUUAUCUGGUUCCCAUAUACAUUUAAUUGCACAUUUUGUAGUGUACUAUCUGAUGCAUUUUACAGUGUACUAUCUGAUCUAUUUUACAGUGUACUAUCUGAUGCAUUUUGCAGUGUACUAUCUGAUGAGUAGAAUUGAUCGGAACCAGACUCAAUCUAGAUAAUAUUAAAGUAUAGAUACUAAUAUUUUAAACUAUUUACUCAAUACAGAAUUCGAACCUGUGCUAUUAAAGUAGACAUAAGGCUGGGAUUUGUGAAAGAUUAUUAUACAAAUCUAUCUUUCGCAGCAAUUACAUAUUUAAAUCAAUUCCUUAUUAUAAAUGAAAAUAAUAAUUUGCUGUUACGAAAUUAUAAUGUCUGUCGUACCCUGAAUAUAUUUUAUUUGUGUAUACUAAACUUGUACAUGGUUUUUUGUAUAAUACGUUUUCUUUUGAGACAAAAUAAACUAUUUGUAUUAAUAAUGUCCCUUAUAAUCUUUAAUUGGAAAAAAAAUUAUAUUAGAAAUAAAAACGUGAUCGGAUUUUGGCUCCAUGCGGAAAGCCUUACAAUCUCAGCCUUAUCAACUCAAUAAACAAACUAAAUAACAGGCUAACUAUUAAUAGGACUAAAAAAAUGUGUUCAACAGCUUGUGAGGCAUUUUUGUACAACUUUACAGAAUCAUAAAAAUAUAUAUUUUUUAUUAACUUAUUAUAUUAUAAUAUUAUUAUAUCGAUUAUUUCAAUACUUAACAAAAGUUAAAUUCAAUGGCAUUUAUAAUGAUAUUGUAAACGAUUUUAAAAUCUCAGAGCGUUUUUAUAAAUUUUAAAAUCAUACUGUUAUUACUUGCGUGUACUAUUUGCGUAUGCAUACGCAAAUUGCGUGCAUUUUAGUGUGAUAUAUACUUUAUGUAUGAUUUUUAUUAUUGCUCAACACAUUAGUGUAAAUCUCUUAUAAAUCAUUGCCAUAUUUAAUGGUUAUACUAUCUUAUACUAUCAUAUCAUAAACAAUCCAGAUGUUCCAUUUAUUAUUGGUAAUAUUUUCUCCCUGUGUACCAUAUCAUAUGUAUAUCAUAGGUAAGAACAAGUGGGUAAUUAGUAUUUGCUUUGAUUAAUGCAUUACAUAUUUAUUAAAUUAAAAUACGAUUUUAGGGAUAAAAACGCGUGUAGGUAGGUUAUUGUAGCUGUUAGAAAGUUAGUUAAAAAUAUUAGUAAUAAUAUAAAUUUUAAUUUAAAUCUAAUACAGCUACUUAUACACGCAUUUUUAUCCUUUAAAAAUUAUGUUAUUUAAAUAAAAUUGGGUAACCCACCAAAUCUAUUGAAAUAUUUGUUCAAAUAUUCCUAAAAAUACUUCCAAACUCAUUUUAAACUCAUUGGCAUGUAAGGCAUAUGAUGACAGCCUGUCUUUUAGCUUAUCGGACCUUUAUUGGAUAUUUGUCCUUUCAAGAUAUUAUUAGUUCGGUGAUGGAUCCCACAACGUGGCUGUGCGAGGGACAAAGUUUCACAUAAAACGCGCGUCGUUGACAUUGUUAAUGGCGGCAAAAAAGUUUACAGGCGUUGCGUCUCCCACGUCCAUAAUAACAUUUCAUGAACAUGGCUUCCGGUAACAUAUUUAAAAUUACGUCACAGUAAGCUAGGCUGUCUCGUUACUGCAAACAGCACCUUCAUAAUGUCUGUUUUUGCGUCAAUUGACGUUGCUUGGUCUGUUGAGCGCCUGCCUUUUAUGAUUGCCCGGUUGAUGACUGACCGUGGGUGCGUUUGUAAGCCUGGGCGAGUCCUGUACGUCACUGGCAGUCCCUGCUAAAUACUUAACGUCGCGACGUACUGGCCUGUAUUCGGAGUAGUACCUCUCACGCUGGCACGUAUGAAAGCUAACGGCAGCCAUGGACCGGACUAUAAAAAGGCACUAAGGCUGAGAUCUAUAGCCUACUAAGACUUUCCUCAGACUUACGCUUUUGCAUUGGUCUGUCUUAGCUUAAGAUCAGCUUAAUUUCAGCUGUCAAAUGACUAUAAAAACGAAAUCAUGCUAAGCUGUAACUCAGCUAAGUUUUACGUAAGUAAAGUCUGAGAAAAGUCUUAAGUACGCUCUAUAGAUUUCAACCUUAGAGCGAUUGCAUGUUCUCAUUAAUUUCUCCACACUAAUUUAGCACGCUAGGCUAGUAUGGAGUUCACUUUCAUAUUUUCAUUAACAGUUUGUUUUUGUUUUUAACCCGGUUCAGGAUGAUUCAUGGUCCUCCUCAACUUAACCGCGCAUCAUGGAACCUACCGCGUCUCUCUUGAUUGUUAUUCGAUUUGUCAUUAGUAGUGUAAAGAAAUACUAUAACUGUUUUAGAGUAUUAGAUGUUUCGUUUGCUUGUAAAGCAGGGUUUUCACUGUCCGAGUCUAUUCGGAUUAAUAAAAUCUCUCGGAUGUUACUCGUAUUACGUAAACACUUGAUCCGAAUAUACUAGGACGAUGGCAUUCGACCCGAGUGGACUUGAACGUGGCUUUAUUCAUACGAGUUCAGUCGGAUUUUUGUAUUAAUAGUGGGUGCUAUUUGGAUCAAAUUCGAAAAUAAAAUAAAAAUUUAUAACCUUCCUUAUCCACUUUUAUCGAAGUAAACGAGUUUGUGUGGCGUCGGAGUGACAAAAAAGGGAUCGCUUUAGGUACCUUUCCUUCAACGUUAUUUUUUGUAUUUGGACAUUGCCUAACAAAUUGUUUUGAUGUGGUCUAUUUUAUAUCAAAUCAAAUCAAAAUCACUUUAUUCAUUUAGUUGAACACUUAUGAAUAUCAAAAGUAUUUAUUUUCGUUUUUACAUUUACCGCCACUUUGGAAAAGGUUGAGCUUUAAUGAGAAGAAGUAGUAAGAAACUCAUUGCCAAUUUAUUUAAUCUAUAUUUAUAGCUUCAUCGUUUUACAAAUCAUUUCAAUUGCAAUAUAAUAUGUAAAGUGUUUUCGAUAUAGUGGUUAUGCACUUUCUAAAUCAACCUACUCGUUAAAAUUUCUUCAACGUACAGCUAUAAACAUUUUUUAUUAUAUUAAUUGUGUAUAUGUAGAUAUAUACAGACGCCACACAGAAGCUGGAUCGGGAUGUUUGUAAGCCAGACCAAGUGGACUCGGAUAGUGAAAAUCCCUCUUAAUCAUCGCCUAAUCUAAAUAUAUGUGUUCUCUGUUGUACUUCCGACAAUACUGACACACCGCUGUCGUGUCGAUAAAUGUUAAUCUUUGACGUUUCACUAGUUAACAUAUUGGUUUAUAAGUUUCUAAUUUUUAAAUCAUAUAAAUAGUUUAAAGCUUACUUUUUGAAGUCCGGCUUUAAUAUAUCCAUAGUUUAUAUUGAAUAAUUGCGAUUUUAGAUUGUGCAGUGAUAAAGAGAUUUCGCACGAUAUUCUAAUUCAUUUAUAAACUAUUAACAAUAAUCAAUAGUAACUUUAUGUGCGGGCAGUUAGUAAAAUAAAAGUGACGGUGAUGUAAAAUAAUUUAAUGCGCGUCUCCGUGCAGUUUUAGCAUCUAUACGCUUUAUCUGAAGAGCGAGUUCGGCUUGCAUUAGCAUUGCGGCUCGUUUACUGCUGUUUUGUCAUAGAUUAAAAUAUUAAUGUAAAAAAGUAACGAAAUUAAGAUAUUAGGCGGUAAGCGUAAUAAUCAAUGACGUUCUAUACAUAUAAGAUAAAUCAGGUCGUAUAAAAAUAAAGCCGAAAUAUGGAACAUGCCACAAAUGCUAACAUACCAUAUUUACUAGUUGGAGGCUACUUUGCAUCGGAUGCAGACUAGAUUAUGUGUACCACAACGGCGCCUAUUUCUGCCGUGAAGCAGUAAUGUGUAAGCAUCACUGUGUUUCGGUCUGAAGGGCGCCGUCGCUAGUGAAAUUACUGGGCAAACGAGACUCACAAUAUUCUUAGAAUAAGCAUGUCGGAACAGUCUACCCCCAGAGUAAAAAAGUAUUCCACAGUUCUUUCCACCGAAGGGUGACCACAAAAGGUAAUAGAAGGGGUGACUGCGCAUUUAAUCCAAUCUUUUAAAGUAUUCUUGGUCAAUAAGUAGCAAUGUAAAAUAUCUAUUCGGUUCAGGGAUAGGUAUGUUGAAUUUAGAACCCGAUGCCGACAGUGACAGUUGACACACGACUAAGUAGAAAAGUGUGCUUACAUUCUGCCUUAUUAAUAAUAAAACGCUUUUCGAAGGUGUAAAGCUAUAUUAGUUAAAACGUAUUUUAAGCCUAUCGAACGUUCGAUAAAAUUCCUUAUUCAUAUUUAUUAGAUAAAUCUCCCAUAACUAAUACGUCCCUAUAGUACGCAAUGUUGCCAUUUCGUACAAAAAAACAUGAUUUUAAGUAAUUUAAUGAGGAACUGUCAAUGGAAACAGACAUCUUUUCAAUGUCAAUGGUUUGUCAGUUGUCAAGAGUCGACGUCAGAAUAAUUACAAACUUCAAAUUCAAAUUCAAUUCAAAAUAUCGAUGUCGGCAAUGUUUUUUUUGCGUUCGAGUGCUUAAAAUAGAUUUAUAGAAGGGUCCUGGCUACUCUAAGUCACGUCAGCUUUAUCGAAGAGAUAAUGAGCGUUUUAGCUCUAAUAUGCGAUUAUGAAUACCAUUUUUUAACAAGCGUAUAUUAGCGAUGUUUUAAAUCUCCGCUAUGUCAGUAUGAAUAAGACAGUAAGUCUUUAAGCUUGAUAAUAAGCUUUUGCCGUUCCGCUGUCAGACUGCGAAUGAUAUGUCCUUAUAAGUGUAUAGAACGUCAUAAUACUCCAGUCGUAUGCAUUGAAAUUGCACUGUGGAACGAGUGAUACCAUUUGAAUCGCCAACUAUAGGUACUGUACGUAAGCUGUACAAUCGAAAGUUACUUUAUAAUAUGAAAUUUUCUUUUAAUAUAUUCCUGAAAUUUCAAAAUAUUAUUAAUGCAUGUCUAGUUAAGUUCAAUAACUCAUUCCAAGUAACAUUUACAAUAACAUUCGUAACAUUAUUAUUAAUAUAAUUUAUAUAGAUAAAUGCUCAAAUGUUUUAAUAACGGCGUUCCUAUUUUAAGGUACACAAGUUCUUAGAUUUAGAAACCCUCUUCAUAAAGUUCGUAACUUAAUAAAGGAGAACAACCACUUAGUAUGGGGCGUUGGUACUGAAAUAAAGUUCUUUGUACAUCAACAAAACGUAUGCCAUACCAAACCUUACCGUUUUAGAAUACUUACAGUUUUUAAACCGACUUCAAAAAGGAGGAGGUUCCCAAUUCGAUCGGUUUUUUUUAUGUACAUCGAUUACUCUGAGAUUUAUAUCCGAUUUACGUAAUUCUUUAGUUCGAUGCGGAAUAGAUGCCAUUUGGUCCCAUAAAAAUUUUACAUAAUUAGGCCCAGUAGUUUUCAUUUUAUGAACAUUUUUUUUUAAUUUUUGGCACCGACUUAUAAUCUAUCAAUAGGUAGCACAUAUAAAUAAAAUUAUUUAUUAAUAUUAAAGGUAAAGGUUUGCAUGAGGUGUAUUAAAUUAAAUUUUUAGUUAUUUAAUACUUUUCAGUUUUUGAAUUCGGUUUUUUUAAACGUAGUUUCUUUUUUAUUAAACUUUCAUGAGAUAUCAUGGUUUUUAUAUUUCAUGAAACCAGCUUUAUUCACAGUUGAACACAGAACUUGUUGUUAUAGACAGUUGUCAGAAAAAACAACAUGGCGCGUAAUUACUCGAAAGUCGUGACGACAUUGCUAUAAAAUUUGUCUCAUACGUCGAUAAAGAAGUUUCACUUCAAUAAAUGUCUAAUAGGCUAUACCGCACUAUUCUUUGAAUAAGCAUGUUGGACCAGUCUACCCCAAGAGUAUAAGUAUUCUACAGUUCUUUCUAUUCUCGAUGUAGUUCUUUUAAUAAAUCGUACAAUCUAUAUAUAUAAAAAUUAAUUGCUGUUCGUUAGUCUCGCUAAAACUCGAGAGCGGCUGGACCGAUUUGGCUAAUUUUGGUCUUGAAUUAUUUGUGGAAGUUCAGAGAAGGUUUAAAAGGUGAAUAAAUGGGAAAAUGCUGCUAAAUUAAAUAAAAACAACAAUUUGUUUUUCCUUUGAUGUGUCAGUACAUAAUUUCAAUGAGAGAAUUUAUUGACGCUUUGACAGUUCUGCUGUGAAACAAUUUCAUUACGACAGCAGGGUGCAUAUUUUACGAAGUUAUUUUUGAUGUUAUGAUAUUUUAUUGACAAAUUCAUAUAAAAACAUUAUUUUUAUAUUAUAUACAGAACAACGUCUGUCGGGUCAGCUAGUCAUCUAUAAAAAAAUGAUAAAUGUACAAGCCAGUACCAAUUUGGUUGUUCUCCUUUAGAUCAAUUAGAGUUCUACUCGAUAGCCAAAUAAGUUUUGGAAGUAAACUACAAAUAGUACUAUAAUUAUUUUAUAUAUUUUCUAGGUCCGAUAUUUGACUACAAUAUACCAUUUUGUACGUAAGUAGGUAAAUAGUAGGUAUCUAAAAAUAUUUUUGGAACAUUUCUUGACCGUUUUUUUUAACUAUCUGUAUAGCUUUAUACAUAUUUUUUACCAGAGUAUUAGGUGAAAUGUCUCAAAUUAUAUGUAUACAUUAAAUUACCUUACAAUUCUCGAAUUUUAAUGAAAUAUCCUCGAAUAAUGAGCAGAUUUUAAGAAUUAAUUUGUUAAAUAUGAGCCAAUUAUUGGCAUUUUAAGAUGGAAUCGGUUAUAGUGCUCAUUGAAAAUCAAAAUUUAGGCCUUCAUUUGUUUUGGCUAAUUGAUAAUUGAGCGGGAGAAAUCUCAUAUUGUUUAUAUAUAUAUAUAUAUAUAUAUUGUUUUUAAUGUAUUUGAAGUUAAUAUGGAUUAUUUAUUGUUAUAUUUAUGUUUUAUUUUGAAUGUGUGUUCAAUUCACCUAUGAAACUGUGUCGAAAUUGCGAAAUGUCUCCAAAUGAAUCAAUUUAUAAUAAGUUAUAGGUUUUAAUGUUGUAAUUGCUAAUGUUGAUAUUUCUUAUAGCUUAGUAAUUCAAAUGUAGUGAUUCUUAAGUUAGUUUUCUUGUAUUAAAACAUAUUGUUAAGUAGUUAAGUACAGCCCUGUUUUUAGACUUUGGAAUGCUUUAACAUACUGUAUAGAAUCAAGGGUCCGGCAAACCGAACUAAUGAAACUAAUGUAAUAGUUCAAAGAAUUUAUGCAUCAAAUCCCAUCAUCAUGUACGAACUGGGUACAAUUUAAAAUGAAUCUUAUUGACGUGCAUUUAAAUUAGCUAUUGCUUUAAAGCAGAGAUUAUCAAACUUAUUUCUUUUACCACCCCCUUUUAAAAUCAAUUGUUUUUCAGCGCCCUCAAUUUUUUAUACACUCCUAGUACAAGUAUUCCUAAUAUAAAUAUAAACUAAUUAGGGCGUCUCUGCACUCAUAAUUUUUAAAUUCGUAUCUGUGAUUCUUCAAACAGGCCGUCAUACAGAAACGUACAUUCAGAUCGUAUGUUUUACAUGGAUCCGUAAAAUCACAGAUUAGUGCACAAACACCCUUGUUCAAAAUUUUAAUUAUAAGUAUCUAAAUUUCAUUACAAAUCAACUAUCGCUCCCCUAACCACGCCCAUGCCCCAUUUGUCGACCACUUUGAGAAAGACUGCUUUAAAGGGUGUAACUAUGUGACACUUCUGUAAGUAUUAAGUACUCUCUGUUCUGUAGUUGAAUUCCUUAACAACAAUAAUAUAUUUCGUUGCCUUUCUUUCCUCGAAAUCUAACCGCUAAAGUGCUUCAUUAGUUUCGUUAGGACGCACUAAUACCACAAUACAUGUGAAAGAACAGUCGCGUAACUCAGCGGUCGCCUUGAGAUUUACUUACAUCUAGGCGGAGCGCUAGGGUUGGUAUAUACACAAAUAUUGACGACACACAAUAGUUUUGUCUCCCCAAGAUUGCUUAGCGGUCGUGUAAGUCGUGUGUGUGUGCGUGCGUCGAUUCGGUGCUCUAGACUAGCGUAUAAAGUUAAGGUACUGUUCUGUUACUGUAUUGUGCUAAUAAUGUAAUACUCCUUUGAUGACAGGUACCGAUGAUUUGCGUUCAACGAAUUAUUGCCCCUUCACUGACCUCUACUAUAUACCACUGGACUGGCGCCUGUCAAAGUGCUUUUGUGCCUGUUUGAUAUUCGCCAUUUUGGCGCUGUUGGCCAUGUAGCGAGAGUCUACGGUACUAAAACUAGUGAUGACAACCUCAGCAAACAUCGAUAGAUGGUGUGAAACUAUUUACAAAAAAAAAAUUGUGUACUUUAUUACGUUGAUUCUUGAAGUAUAAAUAACACGGAAAGCGAAUGAAGUUAAUUCAAAAUAAAAAAUACUACAUAGUAUUGUACGUUCCUUCGCACCCAUGUAUUGUAUCAUACGUCAAAAUUAGUUCUCUGGACGCUCGCGAGUGGCGCUUCAAAUUGGCACAAUAAAUUUGCUGUCAAACAUAAGGAACAGCCUGUCCAGUGGUAUUUAAACAGGUCAGUGUGCCCCUUGCUUAAGUUUCUACUUAGUUUUUAAGUCAACAUUGACAGAUUAAAAAAUAAUGCUUUUCAUUUUUAUAUAACUGUAUGGAUUCAAAUUGUUCGCAUGACUCGUUUUGUAGGUGGAACAGAUGCAGCAAUUGUUUUUGUUGGUUGAGAUCAAUGUUUGUGUUAGUUGAGAGGAAUAUAUCUGUAUUAUAUACAAA